CCGUUCGCCAAGCCAGCAGGAGAAAUAACCGAUGCUAUACACUCUCUUCAAGUCCAUUCGCAGGCGGUGACUAGUAGUCACCCUCAACAUGGCACCCUCUACACUUCACAGUAGUAGGACGAGGGCCGGUUCCCUUGGGUCGAUCGAGUCCAAGCACGGCUUGAUCGGGUCCGUUUCGAGGUGGUGGAUGAGAUCAUACACCUCGGACUGGGUCGCCUUCUCCCUCCUCCUCGUCGGCUACAUCUUCAUCGCCGCUUUCGUCGAGCCUUUCCACCGAUUAUUUACCAUUAACGAUAUCCGUAUUUCAUUUCCUCAUGCUGAGGUUGAGCGGGUGCCUGUUUCCCACCUCUUCGCCUACGCCCUCUUCCUCCCCUUAGCCCUCCUAACCCUAACAAACUACCUCCUCUCCUCCCCGCGGCACAUCCACCACCUCACAACCCUGGGGUUCCUAACCUCCAUAAUCCUCACCACCUUCCUCACGGACCUCAUAAAAAACAUGGUCGGCCGUCCCCGUCCCGACUUGAUCGCGCGGUGCCAACCACACCCCGACACGCCUCCCAACAAGCUAGUCGGGGUAGAAGUCUGCACGCAAACGGACCAUCACACUCUCCACGACGGCUGGCGCAGUUUUCCGAGCGGUCACUCGAGUUUUGCGUUUGCUGGCUUAGGGUACUUGGCGUUGUUUUGGUGUGGGCAGUUCAGGGUUUUUUCCUCCUCCUCAUCUGGGGGUGGGGGAGUAAUAGAUGGGAUGGAAAAGGUUUUGGUGAAAAGGGAUUUGCUGAAAGCAUUGUUGUGCUUGAGUCCAUUGCUGGGAGCGUUGAUGAUUGCCAUCAGCAGGUGCAUGGAUUACAGACAUGAUGUGGAGGAUGUUUGUGUCGGGGCGGUGAUGGGGUGGGUGAUUACUUAUUGGAAUUAUAGGCGGUAUUGGCCGCGGUUGAGCAGUGGGAGGUGUGAGGAGCCUUAUUCGGGGAUGACGGGGGAGCGGGAGUAUGCCGGGCAGGGGGAUGUGAAUGGGAGGUAUGGGAGGGUGAGGGAUGAGGAGGAAGGGGCAGGAGGGGGGUUUCAGAGAAAUGUAGGGACUUUUGAUUUGACUCCUCCCGUGGAGUUGGGACCUUUGGGGAGCCCGACAUGAUAUUGAGAUGGCAGUUAGUGGAUGAAUGCUAAUUUGGAUGGUUUUCUGUAGAUUCUGCUUUGAUUUGAUACUAUGAUGUAUCUUGCUGCGCCAGAUGUGCGUGUAACACUUGACCUUUUCCUUCUUUAGGUAUGGUAACAUUCAUCGAUGUAUUAUCGGAUGUGGUGUGUUGGCUAGCUAGCUAGCCGAGUAUGGGCACCUUCAAAAGAGCAUAUAGCUGGGAGUUUGGAGACCAAUGUUAGUAUGUCCACUGCAUCAUUU